AGCUGCCCCAGCUCCUCCUCCUCGCCCUUAUCUCUCUCCCCUCCCCAUCUCUCUCCCUGUUGCUUGUGGUGUGUGUAUGGUGGUGGUGGAUCUGGCUGGGUAGCUAGCUAAGCUCGAGCUCGCACGCGCGCAGCCAAGGUGGAGGAACCGGCGGCGCCAGCCAUGGGGCGGGGCAGGGUGGAGCUCAAGCGGAUCGAGAACAAGAUCAACCGCCAGGUCACCUUCGCCAAGCGCAGGAACGGGCUGCUCAAGAAGGCGUACGAGCUCUCCGUGCUAUGCGACGCCGAGGUCGCGCUCAUCGUCUUCUCCAACCGCGGGAAGCUCUACGAGUUCUGCAGCACGCAGAGCAUGACGAAGACACUGGAAAAGUAUCAGAAAUGCAGUUACGCAGGACCUGAAACAACUGUGCAGAACAGAGAAAAUGAGCAACUGAAGAACAGCCGCAAUGAGUACCUGAAACUAAAGGCACGUGUUGAUAAUUUACAGCGGACACAAAGGAAUUUGCUUGGUGAAGACCUUGAUUCAUUAGGCAUAAAGGAGCUGGAGAGCCUUGAGAAGCAACUCGAUUCAUCUUUGAAGCACAUCAGAACAACAAGGACACAAAUUAUGGUUGACCAACUGACAGAACUUCAGAGAAGGGAACAAAUGUUCUCCGAAGCAAAUAAGUGUCUUCGAAUAAAAUUGGAGGAGAGCAAUCAGGUUCAUGGGCAGCAGCUCUGGGAGCACAACAACAACUUACUCAGCUACGAACGUCAGCCCGAAGUGCAGCCACCGAUGAAUGGCGGCAACGGAUUCUUCCACCCUCUUGAUCCUGCUGGUGAACCGACCCUUCACAUAGGGUAUCCUCAAGAGUCACUGAAUGGCUCAUGCAUGACCACUUUCAUGUCCCCAUGGCUACCAUGAUAGAAGACGAAAUUGAGAAAUAAUAAGGAUAUAUGUGGCACCAGGGCAGCCGCAUAUAUGCAUGUAUACUACUUCGAGUGAUGGAAUAUUCCAAUCAAGAUUCUCACUUAUUUUGUGUGCAACUUUUGUGUGAUAAGAACAUUAAAACCUUGGUAUUUGGUGAUGACCUAUUGUGUUACUACAUGUAAAAGAUUAUAGGAGCGCUAGCUGCCUACAUUAUAUUACUUAAGCGUGUAUGUGUGAUGAAA